AAAUAUAUAUUGGGCAUUAUAAGCCUGUGACAACAUUUCGCCACAGAAAUGUUUUUUAUAAUAAUAAUAAUAAUAAUAAUAAUAAUAGCGACUACGCAAGCGCCAGAAAAUAAAAUGCAUUGCUCAGUACUUAAUCGAUGGCAAUAUUAUUUCCCCAAAGGCCUAAGGAAAAAUGAGCGCCGAGAAUUGAAGGAUCUUUACGGCAGCUUAUCAGGAAUAACAGCUCUACUGAUAAAUCCAGAGCUUGUUCAAAAUGUGUCCAAAGAAGCGAAUACGAGGGAUUUAUGUAUGUUAAAUCAACAACAAACCGCAACUGCAGCUUUAGCAGCUAUAGGCCAGGUAGCCGAAUUGAUAAUUCAGAAAGAGACUAAAAUAGACAGAAAAUACGUAUUUAAACUACUUCUUGACUCAUUACUGUUACGCAGGGCAUAUUACUUGCCGAUCUUAUGCACAAGCAAACUAAGUCAAAAAGAAGUUUCUUCAACUUUACCAAAGGAAAUAAGGUAAGCCUUGGAAGCAACAAAGCCAGGGAAAUCAUUAUUCGGCGAAUAUUUAGCGGAAAAAAUCAAGGAAACAAAAAACUGGAACAGGCUUUUGAACCCCUAACCAAUUUUCACUCAGAAUACGGGAAAGACGCCUUUAAACUUAAACAGCCUGCGAGGAAACAAACCAUUUCUCAGUCAAGCAGGCCAUUACUCAAGUCCAACUCAAAAUCAAGGGCGAAGCAGAGCGAGAUUCAGCAAAUACAAUCAAAUUCGCCCACCUUACCGAAGCCCGGCACCUGUUCAACGAGACCACGGUUUAGCACAAAACACUAAAGACUGAGAAAUCCUUCUG